UUUCCCUCCCUGCUCCUUAUUGGUAGCAAGUGUAGCCAGUCCGGGCGGUCACUGGGUGAGAGUGAUUGGCGCAGGUUACCCGAGUCACCCGGGGUACCGACACCCGAGCGCCCCCAGCGGCACGGCUGUGCUCGCCGCCUUUCCACCAAAAGUGCUGGCUGACUUGAGAAAAUGAGUGGGUCCAAACCUGACAUUCUGUGGGCUCCCCACCACGUGGACAGGUUCGUGGUUUGUGAUUCGGAGCUUAGCCUCUAUCACAUUGAGUCGGCGGCCAGUGCCAACUCCGAGCUCAAGGCUGGGUCCUUACGAUUGUCCGAGGAGACUACUGCAACCUUGCUGUCCAUAAACUCUGACACACCGUAUAUGAAAUGCGUGGCCUGGUAUCCGAAAUAUGACCCAGAAUGCCUUCUGGCAGUUGGUCAGGCCAAUGGCAGAAUUGCUCUUACGAGUCUGGGCCAGGAUCACAAUUCCAAAUGUAAGGACUUGAUUGGAAAAGAGUUUGUCCCCAAGCACGCGAGGCAGUGUAACACGCUCUCCUGGAAUCCUAUGGACAGUAAUUGGCUGGCAGCUGGCUUAGAUAAACACAGAGCAGACUUUUCAGUAUUGAUUUGGGAUAUAAGCAGCAAAUACACUCCUGAUGUAGCCUUUCCUUUGGACAAAGCUCGACUUCCAUCUGGCGACGGCGAAACAAAUUUAGUGGUUACGAAACCACUGUACGAACUGGGGCAGAACGAUGCUUGCCUUUCUCUUUGCUGGCUUCCAAAAGACCAGAAGCUGCUUCUGGCCGGCAUGCAUCGGAACUUGGCUAUAUUUGACCUCCGAAGCACUAACCAGAAAAUGUUUGUAAAUACUAAAGCAGUCCAGGGGGUGACCGUGGACCCUCAUUUCCACGACCGGAUUGCGUCCUUCUUCGAAGGGCAAGUGGCAAUCUGGGACCUUCGGAAAUUUGAAAAGCCGGUUCUGACUCUUACAGAGCAGCCUAAGCCGUUAAGCAAAGUUGCUUGGUGCCCCACAAGAACGGGAUUGCUAGCCACAUUAACUCGGGACAGUAAUAUAAUCAGACUGUAUGAUAUGCAGCACACUCCCACCCCUAUCGGCGAUGAAACCGAGCCCACGAUUAUAGAGAGAAGCGUUCAGCCUUGUGACAACUACAUUGCUUCGUUUGCGUGGCACCCGACUAGUCAGAACCGUAUGGUGGUCGUCACUCCCAACCGGACGAUGUCUGAUUUCACAGUGUUUGAGCGGAUUUCUCUGGCCUGGAGUCCUACUACCUCCUUGAUGUGGGCGUGCAGCAGGCAGCUGUAUGAAUGCACAGAGGAAGGGAAGGACAGCUCUAUAGAUAGAGACAUAGCUACUAAAAUGAGACUGAGAGCCUUGUCCAGGUAUGGUCUGGACACUGAGCAGGUCUGGAGGAACCACCUACUGGCGGGGAAUGAAGACUCUCAACUGAAAUCCCUUUGGUACACUUUGCACUUUAUGAAACAGUAUGCUGAGGACAUAGAACAAAAAUCUUCAAGCAACAAAGGUUCCUUGGUGUACGCUGGAAUUAAAACCAUAGUGAAAUCAUCAAUGGGGACCACAGAGAGCCUCCGUAGCAGCUGGAGCGGCUCUGACCGGCAGGCGGACGUGGUGCACUACAUCAGCGAGGAGCGGUGCCUGGCUCUGCAGCUCUGCGGUUGGAGGAAGAAGGGGACAGAUGUCGAUAUUGGACCUUUUCUCACCUCAUUAGAACAGGAAGGAGAAUGGGAGAGAGCAGCUGCUAUUGCGUUGUUUAACCUGGACAUCCGCCGCGCCAUACAAAUCCUCAAUAAGGGGGCCUCAACCGGGAAAGGAGAUCUGAACCUCAACGUAGUAGCGAUGGCGCUGUCUGGGUAUACGGAUGAGAAGAAUUCCCUGUGGAGAGAAAUGUGCAGCUCCCUCCGCAUACAGCUCAGCAAUCCUUACCUGGCGGUCAUGUUUGCCUUCCUCACCAGCGACCCUGGCUGCUAUGACACCGUCCUGUUUGAAUGCGCUAUGGCAGUGAGGGAUCGGGUGGCCUUUGCCUGUUUGUUCCUAAAUGAUGCUCAGUUAAUUAAAUAUGUGGACAAACUCACUCAAGAUAUGAAGGAUGUCGGGAACCUUGAAGGGAUUUUACUUACCGGAUUAACGAAGGAUGGGGUGGACCUGAUGGAAAGCUACGUCGACAGAACUGGUGACGUUCAGACGGCAAGUUACUGUAUGCUGCAGGGUUCUCCGUCUGAUGUCUUGAAGGAUGAGCGAGUUCAGUACUGGAUAGAGAACUAUAGGAACCUGCUGGAUGCAUGGAGGUUUUGGCACAAGAGAGCAGAGUUUGAUAUCCACCGGAGUAAAUUGGAUCCCAGCUCUAAACCUUUAGCACAGGUAUUUGUGAGCUGUAAUUUCUGCGGGAAAUCCAUCUCUUACAGCUGCUCAUCCGUUCCUCACCAAGGCCGCGGGUUCAGCCAGUACGGAGUCAGCGGGUCACCAACCAAGUCUAAGUUCACCAGCUGCCCCGGCUGCCGCAAGCCUCUCCCUCGCUGUGCUCUCUGCCUCAUUAACAUGGGGAAUCCCAUCUCCAGCAGUCCAGGAGCAUCAAAGUCGGAUGAGAAGGUGGACCUAAGCAAAGAGAAGAAAGUGGCACAGUUCAACAACUGGUUCACUUGGUGCCACAACUGUCGACAUGGCGGGCACGCUGGGCACAUGAUGAGUUGGUUCAGGGAUCACGCAGAGUGUCCAGUGUCAGCUUGUACCUGUAAAUGCAUGCAGCUGGACACGACCGGAAAUCUUGUUCCUGCGGAGACUGUGCAGCCGUAAUUGCGGACCCCCCCCUCCCGAGACGUUAUUGUAUGGUCAGAUUCUGCCUGCAAGGAAUUUGUUACCGCAGCCAAACACAAACAUUUUCUCCAUCAUCUUUAAUGCACCGAUUUAUUGCUGCAUUAGGCACAGACGCUCUUUCAUUUUGUAGCUGUGGACCCUAAAAGCUGUGCUCUGACAUUGCCGCUGUUACAGAAGACUGACCAGUAUACUGUUGUAUUACACGUCAGUAUUUUGCUAUGAAGGAUUUAUAUAAAUGUGUGACACGGGAAGGAACAGACGUCAGGAAGUGGAGAUAACACGAGCUGGCAGCAGAGGAUAAAGGCUACGAAGACCUCCUCACGCGGGACGACUGCGGCCGAAAAUGAUUGUUGGAAUUUAUUUUACAAGAACAAGUGGCUUCUGGACACUUGUGUAUGGUUUUCUGUUAAUCUGAUUUACUGGACUCCCUAGGGCAGGGCUGGCCAAACCGGUCCUCGAGAUCUACCAACAGUUCACAUUUUCCAGACCACCUAGCCCACAGGUGUAGUCAUUACUAAUUAAGAUGUGCUGCAUUCAUUCCUAACUGACAAUUCUAAAGAUCUCCAGGAGGCCUGGAAAACAUGAACUGUUGGUAGAUCUCGAGGACCGGUUUGGCCAGCCCUGCCCUAGGGAGUCGUUCUAUAGCAGUGGAGUAAAACUUGGUUAUGUAUUAAAGCAGUGUGAUACAAAUCUUGCAGAUUACAGUGACUGUUUCUUAAGUCCACAUAUUUUUCCCUCUUUGAUGCUGAUAUAAAGACCAUGUUUUAAAUAUG